CGACCAUCCUAAAAUAGGUGACGGUACUUCCAGACCAGACCCUGGGUGCUGCCGAUUAUCCAAGCUCAACUGAGAAGUGGUACGAGAUGGACCGACCCUCCAUGCUUAAAUCUCUCGACGAGAAGCUUCGACACUCAUUCCCAGUGUAUAUGGACAGAAAGAGAGAGUGCGAAAGACCAAUUCCGACCCUCAAGAUCUCUCGGCUUGCAGCUCAUCUCACAAAGAAUUCAUUUCUCCAGCAAUACCAUAUAAUCCAUCCCCAUCACUCCGGCGAUACUAGCAAGUAUUUGUUUUUUUUUUCUGAAUGGAUAUUUACCUCAUACUCUCUCAGGGGAAUUUCGCCGCUGGAACAACCGGGAAGGGGGCGGCGGUGUUUGUCGAAGCCGGCAUGCCACAGAAUCUUCCCGCAGUAGGGAUCGACAAAAAGUCCCAUACCGAGCCCGGAUCCGUAGGACCUUUUCUGUUUGCAGAACAAUUUGGGGGAAUGCCAUCGAACGGCUGUCUCCGCGACCAGCAAUGCUGCGUGUUGCACCUGAUUAACACAGUACAAUGGGGAACUUCGCCACUGGCUUUUGAUCAUUGACAUGAAACCGUGUAGGAGAAAGUAUGGAUUGAUAGAGUUAUGG